CACCCCCCACACCUCUCUCUUCAUCCUUGACCUAUUUAUUUUCCCUCUUCUUCUUCUUCGUAACACUCUCACUCACUUUAAUGGAGGAAACUUUGGUGCCAAAGAGGCCCAGAGAAGAAGAAGAAGAAGAAACCCAAAAAGACUUGAACUUUGAACAAGACUACUCCUCCAAGAAGCAAAAACCCUACACCCACAUCCUCUCUCUUCUUGACUCAGAGGAAGAAGACUCCACACAGGACCUCUCCCCUCUCAUCACAACCCUGCAACAAGAAAUCAGUUGUGCCUCCAACAAUGGUGAUUUCCAAGAUGCCCUUUUGGGGGGUCCAGCUCAAGCAAUUGACCUAGACAACCUCACAACAAUGGAUGGAGCAACAGUAGCGUCGGAAGAAGGGGUUGUGAAGGAAAAGGAAAAGGAAAAGGAAGAGGAGGAGAGUGAGAAGGAGAGGGUGAUGAGACACCUCCUCCAAGCCUCCGAUGAUGAGCUUGGGAUUCCGAGUAGUGGCGAUGGGGUGUUUGGGUUUGUCGGAGAAGAUGGGUUCAACAGUGAACAUGGGUUUUCAUCUCUGUGUGACAAACUGUGGGAGCUUGAAGAUGAGAGAGCUAACUACUACGCUUUCUUGCAAUCUGAACUCUUCCUAGGGGGACAUUGAAAAUUAUUGUCUAGGUCAAAUUAUCGAAAACUACAAAAUGGUAACAUAGUAGGAUCAGAGAUGGAGGAUUUUUUUUUUCUUUUUUUUAAAAGAAAUUAUUUAGUUUGAUUUUUUAAGCUCUCUUUUGUAAAGAUCACGAGAACCCUAUGUUGUCAUUGCUUAUCAUCUACGGUUAGGCAGUGCCCACUUUUGCAGGUCAAUCUGUACUUCACCACUAGAAAAAUUAAGUAGAUACUCACAUUAAGAAAAAAAAAAAGGAAUUAGACUUUUCCUUUCAUUUUAAUUUAUGGUCGACUUUUUUAUUUUUA